AUGGUGCUUCAAAUCCACUACGACAAGCAGCUUGGCAACUUGAUCGUUCAUGUCCUGCAGGCCAGAAACCUCGCUGCGCGGGACAACAAUGGCUACUCCGACCCGUUUGUUAAAGUGUAUCUCCUUCCAGGGAGAGGUCAGGUCAUGGUUGUCCAGAACGCCAGUGCUGAAAACAAGAGGAGGUCCAAACACGCAGGCAAGAGUCUCAACCCCGAGUGGAACCAGACUGUCAUCUAUAAAAACAUCCACCUGGAGCAACUGAGGAAGAAGACGCUGGAAGUGAGCGUGUGGGACUACGACAAGUGCUCCUCUAAUGACUUCUUAGGAGAGGUUCUUAUCGACCUGUCCAACACAGUCCAGCUGGACAACGUCCCGCAGUGGCACCCCCUGAAGGAGCAGAGCGAGGGGGACCACCACCGCCGCUCCCACUCAGGACAGAGCCGCCACUCCUCCUCUAAAUCCUCCUCCCAGCACUCCUCCCCUAAAACCACCGUCUCCGAACACGACAAUCAGGAUUCUCCCAAAUCAUCUGUCAUCAAGAGCCGAAGCCACGGGAUAUUUCCAGAUCCGGCCAAGGACACGCAGGUGCCAACUCUCGAGAAAUCUCACAGUAGCCCUGGCACAUCGAAGCCUUCCCCGUCCGAGGGCCAGAGCCAAAGGCACGGACACAGGGAACACUCUCGCUCGCACGGCGCUUCACACUCCAGCAAAAGUGCCACGCGGCACCACCAUCAGGACAGCGGCACUGGAAGCGGUGGAGGCGCUGCCAUAGCAACAGCCGCUGCCUCGCAGCAGCCACAGCAGCAGCCGCUGCCGCCGCAACGCCUCCAACCAAGUAAACCAAGACGCAAAUAAAGCCUACGCAGCAUGGCCUCCUCGCACUCAUCCACCUUCUGUUAUUUUACUUUGUUCCUUCAGUUUCCUUUUCUGUUUUCGGUUUCCCUCACCCUUAACACAAGUCUGGUCCUCUCCCACGUCGUACUCACAGUGUGUCCACCUCUCACCGCUUCUCUGCUGUGUGUACUCACAAGUGUGUGGAGCAAGCACCUCACCUGUACUGUAGCACAUCUGACCUUCCUAAGUUUGACCCUUUUUAAUUAACCCAAAAAGGCGUAAUGGUUGCUAAUCGAGGCCAAUUCUACCUACUUAAAAAAGUAAACAGGCUAAAUCCUUAUUUAUCUAAUGCUCUUUUAAAUAUAAAAAUAAAUAGGUUUAAACAUUUGUUUUUGUUUUGAAGGGUGAUUGAAAUACUCUUUAAUCUUGACAUAGGAUGAGCAGAAGCAUGACAGUCAUAAAAAAAAUGAAAUCUAAAGUAGAUUAGCAGGACAUGAUCUAAAGGCAAAUCUGAGCAUUUUGUCGUAGCACAAAGACAUCUCAAGCUCCCUCAAAAAUACUGAAAAAAUGAUAGACUUUGUGGGAAAAGUUCAAUUAUUGGAGUAGAGUUUCCACUUCCAAGAGAGUUUAUAUCACCACUAACUAAGCAGGGAUAUAUUUUGGAUGCAUUGAUCCAAGGAGUAAAACUGAAGAAAGUCCCAAUCCCAGCCCCUCCCCAAACUAUCAUUAACCUCUUUUGGUAGUCUUUUGUUUGGUUUUGAAUUGAUCCCUUUCUCUGAACAAACAUCAACCAGCUCCUCCACUGAGAUGGCUGUGCAUGCAGUCCGCUAACCCCCCCCCC